AUGAAAGCCCGCCCCCGGCCGCACAGCACUCAGCCCAGGCACCGGGGGGGUGACCCCACGGCCAUAGAAAGGAUUGGGGAAGAGCUGAGGAACAUAGCAGCAGCCAUGGCGACCAAGGCAGAUCUCCUAACCCUGACCACUACCAUUCAGGAUGCCCUGAGGGCAGAAAUGGCAGGGCUCCGCACGGAGGUGACUACCCAGGCAGGCCGCAUCCAGGCAUUGGAGCAAACAGCAGAAACCCACUCUACCAGGAUCAACGCGACAGACGUCGCCAUAGCCAGGCAAGGGGACAUGAUCUUGCAUAUGCGCAGGAAUCUGGAGGACCUCGACAAUAGAGGCCGCAGGUGCAACAUCAGGAUAAGGGGGAUUCCUGAAGCUGACGAAGGAGAAAACGCGGCAGAGGUACUGACAAACCUAUUCCGCACUAUCUUACACACCGAUGCACCGCAAACGUUCGAAUUUGAAAGGGCACACAGGGCCCUACGCCCGCGAUCUGCUGAGGAUGGCCCAAGGGAUAUGAUCUGUUGCCUGCACUCGUUCCCUAUCAAGGACACAAUAAUGAGAAAGGCCCGGGAACGCCCCACGUGGCCCUUCCAGGGCACUCAAGUAUCCCUAUACAAUGAUCUCUCUCCAUACACGCUGGAAGCUCGGCGAGCACUUAAACCGAUAACCACUGUGCUGCGUGAACGCAAUAUUAAAUACAAAUGGGGAUUCCCCUUUGCCUUAAUGGCCAAACACCAAGAUAACUGGCUGGCUGCCAGAUGGCCUGAUGAAAUACCGCGACUCCUUGACACCUUGAAUAUGCCUCAUAUCCAGUUUACCGACUGGCUGCUGGACACCUCUAGGCCGGUCCAAAGGCAACAAAGAGCAGCCCGCAGACGGGGAGAGCGAUCACCGCCCGGACCUCCACCACGGAGACGCAUGGGGAGAGGAGAACAGGCAGAGUGA